AUGAUGAGUCAAGAUCAUGAAGUUGGGAGCGAUCAGACGCAAAUCAUAAAGGGGAAGCGAACGAAGCGACAGAGAUCAUCUUCGUCGACGUUUUUGGUGGCGGCGACGACUACCGUCACUUCCACAAGUUCAUCGGCCGGCGGUGACGGCGGAGGAAGAUCAGUUUCCGACGAAUACAACUCGGCGGUUUCGUCUCCGGUAACUACAACUGAUUGUACUGAAGAAGAGGAAGACAUGGCGAUUUGCCUCAUCAUGCUUGCGCGUGGAGCGGUUCCAUCGCCGGAUCUCAAGAACUCGAGAAAAGCUGACAGAAUUCUUCUUCAGAAGAUUUCAUCGGAAAAUUCUAGUUUCUAUGUGUACGAGUGUAAAACAUGUAACCGGACGUUCCCGUCGUUUCAAGCGCUCGGUGGACACAGGGCGAGCCACAAGAAGCCGAAGAAUUCAGUAGACGAAAAGUCUAAACUACCCUUGAUGCAGCAAAAGUCUAGUGCCUCAGAGGAAGGGCAAAACGGUCUGUUCAAAGUUUCCGGCCCAGCCCUAGCUUCACAGGCAAGUAACAUCAUCAUCAACAAGGCAAACAAAGUACAUGAGUGUUCCAUCUGCGGCUCUGAGUUCACUUCCGGACAAGCCCUCGGUGGCCACAUGAGGCGGCACAGGACAUCCACGACUGCGGUUAUACCAGCCGCUACAGCCGAAGUUAGCAAAAACAGUACAGAGGAGGAGACUGAUAAUUUAGACCUUUCGAUGAAACGGAGGAAAUAUCUACCGUUGGAUCUUAAUCUACCGGCACCAGAAGAUGAUCUAAGAGAGACAAAGUUUCAAGGGAUAGUGUUCUCAACCACACCAGCGUUAAUAGAUUGCCAUUACUAG